AUGCGAUCUAAGGGAAAGUGCCCCUGGUUGGACAUCCGGAUUUACAUCAUGAAAAGAUGGGCAACUAACAAAGCAAAAUGUCAAUCAUUGACUGGGGUCAUUUGUCCUAAAAUCAAGACUAGACUUAAUAAGGAGUCCCAAUUAACUAAGUUCUGGAUUCCAAGCUGGCCAGCAGACAAGUUAUUUGAAGUAUGUCAUGCCUCCCAAGUUGGGGAGAAGCUUGUGGUUGAUCUAGAAAAACAUGAAUGCACUUGCAGGAAAUGGGCUAUCUCAAGCAUUCCAUGUUGCCAUGCGUUGGCUGCUAUGAAGUUUCUCAACUUAGAUGCAGAGGACUUCAUACCUGAUUGGUUUAGGAAGGCCACAUAUGAAGAGACAUACUCUUCAAUUGUCUAUCCGAUAAAUUGA